AUGCCUUUGCUAUUAAUAUUAACAAGAACAAACCCAUUAAAAAUAAGCAAGUAUUUUACUAAAGCUCCUGUUGAUGAAUAUAUUCAUAUUAUUGUAUCUUUACCAGAAACUACUAAAACUAGGCAAGAGUUGAUAAAUAAAGUAGCAGAAUUGCAGAAAUUACUUAAAAGGUCUAUAUAUGGACAAUAUGAAUUUAAUAUCAUAGUUAAUCCAAAACGUACAAAGGCAUCCAAGUGGAUUGCAAAUAUAGAACAAGUGACUCUUAAAGACCUUAAAGAAUUUAUAUUUGCUUCAUAUCAAUCUCCAGAACUUGAUGAAGAUAGUGAUCCAACAUUAUCUGUAUUUCCUCUUCUUACUUGUGGAUGUGUAGAAUUAAAUGAUGAAAAGUCACAAGUAAUAAUCAAACAUCUUAUAACUGAAUUGAAUUUCUGUUUCAGAACUAUUCCUAUUGGAAAUGAAGCAUCAAAAAGUCAAUAUGUUUGUUCAUACCUUGUAGCUAUUGCCAACCUUUAUGAAGAUAAAUUUAAGGUUUAUCCAGAAAAAAAUGUCUCAGGUCUGAAUGGUCAUGGGCCUGUAGAUUUUACUUUAAUUCAAAUUCAAAAUUCUAGAAUAAUUGGCAUUACUGAAGUUAAAGAUAAAGAUUUUUAA